AUGGAUGGUGUCAGGCCAUCCCGCCCGGAGAAGCCGUACCAGCGCACCUACAAGGCCUGCAUUCCCUGCCGGCAACGCAAGGCCAAAUGCGACCUAGGAACCGGCCCAGACGGCCUUCCGAUCGGCCCACCAUGCGCGCGCUGCCGAAGAGAACUGCGCGAAUGCGUCUUCCCCGAGAAGCGCGCCUGGGAAAGGUCCCGCAAACGAGCCCGGUCACCUGAGAACUAUGAGCCUGAUUCUUCACCCCGGCAUGUGGCACAGCUGACGGCGACGGAGGACUCGAUUCGUGCUCAGGGUCGCACUCACUUUCGUCGCACGAGUGAAUUGAGUAACCCGGAGGUGAAUAACUUUCAACGGUCGCCUGAUUUGCAAUCGGGGUGGUCUUAUCCGAAUGGCAUUUCGCCGUCUGGUCAUAGCUCUAUUGAUCGCAAUGGGGUUGUUGAGUCCCCGGCGGAUCCGUCACCGGCGCAUUCAUACGAGAAUACGAAGCAUCGGUCGAAUUCUUCGCUGUCGAAUUCGAUGAUGCGGACGGUGGUUGCGAGUGGGAAUGAUGCAUUGAACAUUCUCUUCGAGGCAGCUACCGCUCAAGAGGAUAGUCAUACUGAUAACAGUCCUGAAUCCGUCACUGGGGCGCCAUCAACGGGCCCUAGUAAUGCUCUUACCCCUGGGAAUUAUGAUGCGGCCUUUGAGCCAAUCACCCGUGUAAUACGACCAGUCCAGCUAUCCAAUGCUAGUCAAGACACUCUCAAUAUAUGGGAGGCUUGUCGCUUCGUCAAGAUGGGCUGGUUCACAGCGAGGGAAGCUGUCACCUUCGUAGACCUAUUCUACAAGAACAUGUCGUGUCUAUCGCCGAUUCUCACAGACUUUUACGCCAAUCAUCGCUAUCACUAUUGGCUCAUCACUCGGGAACCAGUCCUUUGUUGCACCAUCCUUAUGAUAUCCUCUCGCUAUCAUGUCCUUCCAGGGGCUGGGGGAGAGUCAAGAAACUUCUUCAUUCACCAUCGUCUCUGGCAGCAUUGCCAACAGCUAACCAUGAGGCUGAUAUUCGGGCAAGAAAAGUCCACCAAAUCUAAAGUCCGAAGCCUUGGUACUGUAGAGGCACUUCUUCUAAUUUCAGAAUGGCAUCCACGGUCACUACAUUUCCCACCUGAGACCGAUGGCUGGGAUGAUGAUUUGAUACCCACGGCACCCAGAAACCAUGAAGUCAAUGAGUCAAACUCGGCGCCUACCAAUCACUGGGUAGAAGAUAUGAUCGAGCCCGCCAGACGGUCAGACCAAAUGUCUUGGAUGUUACUCGGAUGCGCACUGUCUCUCGCUCACGAGCUCGGAAUCUUCGAAACAGAAGAGAGCAGCUCACCAGCUGAGGAACCAGAAUGGAGAGAUCAGAUGACACUCCGCUGGCAGCGUGUCCAGCGCCUUCUAUACGUGUACAUCAACCAGCUAGCCUGGCGAAUUGGCUGCAUGUCCCCGAUCCCCCAGUCAUUGAACCACGCUAUUCUGGGUGGUCGCAAACCACAAGGCCUUAGUCCGCCCGGCAGCACCUGGCUCACCUUCAUGGAUUCCUGGAUCGAGCUAACCAAGCUCGCCAAGUCCGUGACAGACAUGUUCUUCCCAUCUGCUGCCUUCGCACGCCAGCAACUGCAUAGCGGUCGCUAUGUAGGGCUGCUAGAUCAUUUCCGACCACUCCUAGACCAAUGGAAAGACAAAUUCCUACAGCCGCAGGUCCUCGACAAAGCAUUCUUCAACGACCUCUUCAUCGAAUACCACUUCGUCCGCGUAUACACCCACUCAGUCGGGAUGCAAGCCGUGGUCGAGCGAGCCGUUGCAGAAAACGACAUCAACAACUUCGACGAAGUCCGACCCAUGACCAUCAACCCAACAGACUACGAAUACAUCCAAGAAGUAAUCGACGGAUGUUGUCAGAUCCUCCAAAAAGUAACCCACCUCGCAGAUGCAGGCGCAUUACGAUUCUCACCCGUGCGCAUCGUCCUCCGCAUUACCAGCGCCUCCAUCUUCCUAAUGAAAGCACUCAGCCUUGGAACACGACAGGCGAAGCUGCAGGAAUCUCUCGAGAUCCUAGAAAAGAGCAUCAAAGCACUCAAGUCGAAUGCGUUAGACGAUGUCCAUCUGAGUACUCGGUACGCCACGCUUCUGGGCCUGCAUGUAUCGCGAUUGCGUCGGAAUCUACUAGCUUCGUCUCGAGCUGUUCGGAAUAGCCGCGCCGGGACGCGCAGGUCGUCGAUGGGGCCUCCGUCUUGGCCUGAGGGUCGCCCGCAGACCAUGAAUAAUCCUGUGUCGCAGGAGCCGGCGCCGGAUCUGGGGUUCAUUCCAUCUUUGAAUGAUAUAAGUGCGGAUGACUGGCUGUCUUUGCCGUUUGAUCCUUCCAUGGCGCCUUUUGGGAUGGGGAAUAGUGGACAGUUUCCCAUGUAUGAGGGCGGUGCGUUGGAUUUUAUAUGGAAUUUACCUUCGUGA